GAAGGAUAUAUAUGUUUUUCGGAUUAUACUUUCAUCGUUCGCGGAUUAGGAUGCUGCUUGGUUUGUGCAUGGCCUCACUAAAUUAUGCAUAAUUACUAGAGUGAAGAUGUCUGCGAACGGUACCGAGGCUGAUAACAUUACACCGAUGCAAAAUGAAGGAGAGCACGGUCUGGUACCAGAGCUAAACCUUGAUCAUGUUAUGUUGUCAGAUGAAGAAACAACUUUUACUGUGAAGGAAAUGAGUAGCUCAGAACUUACGGAUCCCGAUAUGUCCGGCACGAAAGCUGUUUCAUCACAUGACGAUUUGGCAGGCAGCAUUAUCGCAGCACAGCAGUCUGUGGUAUCUUUAACAGAUUCCGCAUCCAAUGUUAAUAACUGUGUAUCAGAUUUUGGAGAUAAUGUGUGUUUGGGUAACAAAAUGAAAAUAACGGAAACUGGUGGUGCAAAAAGGAUCAGCAUGUUCAUGUGGAACAGAGGCGAUGUUUCGGAGGUUUUAUGUUCGAUCGAAAUCGUCAUCCUAAUCCAGAGCUCCCGAAGGAAACAGUGACAGUUCUGAACUAUCCUUUUCCGCCCACAGCUAUACCAGUUGGAGAUGAUGAAAAUGAAUUUCGUAAAUCACUGGCUGAUGCAAAAGUAUAUCUGAUUGGUACGGCGCAUUUUUCACCCGAUAGUCAGCAAGACGUUUUGAAAACGAUUGCAAAUACUCAACCAGAUAUGGUUAUGGUUGAACUUUGUCCAUCGCGAAUAUCAAUACUAUCAAUGGAUGAAGAUACUCUACUUGAGGAAGCAAAAAAUUUGAAUUUCGACAAAAUUAUCAAUACUAUCAAGCAAAGUGGCGCAAUUCAAGGAAUACUUCACGUAUUGUUGUUGUCGAUGUCUGCGCAUAUGACAAAGACGCUCGGUAUGGCGCCUGGCGGAGAGUUUCGCGCAGCUCACAAAGGUGCUAUGAACAUAAGGAUGUGCAAACUAAUUUUGGGUGAUCGUCCAAUACAUGUGACUGUACAAAGAGCAUUGAGCUCUUUAAGCUUUUUUCAAAAGCUUCGACUUUUCUAUCAUAUUGUUCUUUCACAUAAAACCACUAUCACUCAAGAAGAAGUAGAAAGAUGCAAGAAAUCAGAUAUGCUAGAAGAACUGCUUAAGCAGAUGGCUGGUGAAUUUCCACUGCUUUCGAAAAUCUUUGUGGAAGAACGUGAUUUGUAUAUGACCAAUGCGUUGCAUACCCUACUCAAAAAGUCUACAUUUGAUAAGAGAGUAGCAUGGAGUAAAACGGAUGCUGCCUGGCAGCCAAUAUCUGUUGUAGCUGUUGUUGGUAUGGGACAUGUUCCUGGCAUCAUUUCUAACUGGAAUAAAAGAAUUGACGUGGGCGAUCUGCUAAUCAUACCUCAACCAACACACACUGAAAAAUUCAUACGUUUGACUCUGAAAGCGAUGAUUAUUGGCGUGAUGGGAUAUGUGUUUUAUCAAGUUGGUUCAAAAGUGGUCAGCAGAGUGCAAAUGUUAAUGAAAUGAUAUCUUGGUAGAAAGUUCAAAUUUCCGUUUACUAGCAAUGUAGCCGAAAUAUUACAUCUCUUAUUACACUGCUUUCUAACACGAAGACUAUUCGUUUCAAUGCAAUAAGUAGAAGGGAAGUAUGUAUUUUGAUCGCCAUUUACAUGAUCUGAUUUCCUUUAAUGUUGUUUUGUGUGUUGUUUCUGAUCCAGAACAAGGUGACAAUGAUGAUUCGGAACAGGCGAUCUCUACGUGUUUGUGUUGAACGAUGUCUUUCUGUAUUUGCCGGAUAAUUCAAUACCGAAACAAAUUUUAAAAUGAAUGACUGCAUGUAAUAUAUUAAAUUUUUUGCUAUUACAGUGUCUUUUUGAUAAUAGGCGCAUGUUUUUCGUCUUGCAGUGAAGUGCUUCUUUUCAUGUCAUUUUAAACAGAAAUUUUAGCUACUUCAGUUUUUGGAACUUUUAUCAUAGUGUGUUGUGGCUGGCUUUAUAAUUGUUGUUUACGCUCUCUCCUUGCUUAACUCAUUUUCUGGCUUCAGGGAAACAAGAAAUGGAAUAGUAAGAUUGUUUUUUUUUUCGAAUCCUGUUGGAAAUGUAUCGGCUUUAUGGACGAUUUGACCAGAUUAUUUGCCUUUUUGUUAUGUUUGAUUUGAUUUCCUAUUUGUCUAUUCCUCUGAAGAAUUGUCGUACUGCAAUAUACAGACCAGUUUGAUUUGAACAUUAUCAAUAGUAUCGGGAUUGUCCGGUGAUCCAGAUGAGUACGUUCUACCCUUACGUGCGUAGCUUCACACACAUGACCUCCCUGAUAGAGGAUAGGAGUGCCAGUCAUCAGUAAAUUAAUCUGCUCGAACACUAAUUUAUUAAGUUUUUC